GUGUUCGUGGAACUCUAGUUCAAUCUUGAUUUUGACUGCUAGACUUGAGCUCACUAUUGACAUGAUUAUCGUGACCUAUUAAGUGAAUGGAGUAUGCUGGUUCUUUUUCUAUUAAGUUGGACCAACCGAAAUACCCAAGGCGAACAUUGGCUACAUCGGCCUGGGAUAACCCAGAAUGAGUGGCAGUUCGUCACGGCUACCUACCAUCGUACAUCAGGGGUCCAGAAGCUCUACAGGAAUGCUAUAGAGAUCGGAUCUGAUGAUCUAGGAGAUAGAGAUCUGGGUACCCAGUUUCCUGUAACCAUGGGGGCCCGUCCGCCAUUUACCGGGGACACCCGGGCCUACAAAGGACGCAUCGCCCACAUGCAGGUUUACAACAUCGCCCUGACCCAGGCUCAGAUCCAGGAGGCCAUGUACCGCACCAGGUACGCCCGCAAGUAAAACAGGUUC